AUGAGUGAUCCAACUGAAUCAUAGUAGAAAUAAAAUAAUGAUGUAAUAUAUUGCAAACAUCACCCUGAAGAAUAAGUAACAAGAGUAUGCAAUAAUCCAGAAUGUAAUAAAGAUGGGUUCAUUUGUUCUAAGUGUGUACAUGAAGGGGCACAUGAAGGUCAUCCAUCAUUUGGAUAUGCUAAAUUGAAGGCAGCUCUAAUUAAAUUUGUUAGUACGAAUAUUAUUUUGAAUAUUAGAUUCAUCAAGAACUUAAUAAGAUUUAACUAAAGAAGGAUAAUUGAGUUAUGCUAGAAUGUAGAACUAUUUAGAAGAGACUUCCUAAAGUAUAUACAAAUAAGCCUAGAAAUUAAAUAAACUCAGUUAAUUUAUGGAGAACCUUAAUGAAACGUUAUUAAGUUUAUAAGAGAUAGGUGAAGAAGUAGAUAUUGCUUAUACAAUACUUUAUAAUAUGGAUAAGAAAGAAACAGGAGUAGAUGUUACUACUCUUAAUGAUUACUUAAAUUAAUUCAGAUUAUUGAUGGAUAUCAAUUUAGAUUCAUAAAAUCAUGAAGUUUCUAUUAAACCUUCAAGCAUAUCUUAAUUAAGAAUUAAGAAUAUAUUAGAUAAGAAAGCUGAUUUCACAUCUUUAUUAAGAAAAACAGUAGAAGAACAUGAAUAGCAUUUCUAAAAGUUCUUAAAAGAAAUGGGAGAUUUACUUAAAGAAAAUAAGUAGUUCUUGGUACCAAAAGCUAAUGAAACAGAAGAGAAUAGAAAUGCUGAAUUUGGAAAAAGAGCUCUUUAUAAUUCUUAUUAUAAAUAAGAUACUGAAAAAACAGAGAAAAAUAAAAAGAAAAUUAAAGGAUAAGUAAAAGGUAAAGUGAAACACGAAGAUGAUGAAGAAAUGAGUAUAGGUAGAGAAUAUUAAAUAGGAGCUGUGGAAAAAUGUGGUAUUCCAAAAUUAGAUCAAGGAUAACCACCUUAAGGAAUCAAAAAGUAAAUGUUUAAAUUGUGUAAUUAUUUAAUCUUUUAUAAUACUUUGAUGUGUGAUUCAAUAUUACCAGAACCUAUUUUAAGAGGAGUACCUUUGAAGAAAAUGUAAUAAGGAGAAUUGAAAUUUCCUAUUAGAUGUGCUUUCUGUAGAUUAUUAAAAAUUAGAUCUUUUGUAUAAUUCUAUUUCAGAUUUGAUUUAGUAUCUAGAUUUGGAAAGCUUUGUUUAUUUAAAGAUAAAGAAGGUCGAGAAAUAUGUUCUCAUGAAAUGUGUCUACUAUGGUCUAAUAGAGUUUAAGUUGAUUACAAUACUAUGUUAGUUGAUAUUGCUACAUUAAUUUAAGCAGUCUAAUUUGCAUAAGCUUAAAUGUGUAGAUAUUGUGGAUCUAUUGGAGCAUCAUUAAAAUGUAAUAAAGCAGAAUGUCAUGUUCAUUAUCAUUUUAAUUGUCUUAAAUAAGUUAGAUUGAUGGGUUUACAAUUAGAUCAUGAAUAAAAAUUCAGAUUCUUUUGUGAAGAUCAUGUUAGACACAAUUACUAAGGAUAAUCUGAUUGGUUUAUCACCAGAAUUAGAAUGAAACAUAUUAUUUAAUAAGGAGGAUAACCUGCAUUUACCAAGAAGAACCCAUAAAUAGAUUGGUCUACCAGAGAUUCAGGACUUAACGGUGAUAGCGAUAUGGAAGAAUAAUAAUUUAAUAAAAAACAUAGAUAUUGA